GCUUUUUCGUUCAAAGUCUCUACAUUGCCCAAAGAACCUAAAUCGUCUCCUAAACCUCCGCCGCCGGUCGCCGCAAUGCAGAGCUCCUUCCUACACUCCUACCCGUCGUCCUUCUCCCCCUCAACAACUAACUUCCCACCCUCUUCAGCCCGCUACAAUGCACCGCUCUUCACAAUCCGUGCCGCCGCCACGGAGACCGCCGCCUUGACGCCGGCGGGAGCUGCCGCUACUCAGCUCAACAAAUACAGCUCUAGAAUCACAGAGCCGAAAUCGCAGGGUGGAUCUCAGGCGAUUCUCUAUGGCGUGGGCCUGUCGGACGACGACAUGCACAAGCCCCAGGUGGGGAUUUCGUCGGUGUGGUAUGAAGGGAACACUUGCAAUAUGCAUUUGCUGAAGCUCGCGGAGGCUGUGAAGGAGGGCGUCGAGAAGGCUGGGAUGGUGGGGUUUAGAUUCAACACGAUUGGAGUCAGUGACGCCAUUUCUAUGGGGACUCGAGGGAUGUGCUACAGCUUGCAGUCUAGGGAUUUGAUUGCGGAUAGCAUUGAGACUGUUAUGGCUGCUCAGUGGUAUGAUGCCAACAUUUCUAUUCCUGGCUGCGACAAAAAUAUGCCAGGUACAAUUAUGGCUAUGGGGCGGCUGAACAGGCCAAGUAUUAUGGUUUAUGGUGGAACAAUUAAGCCUGGGCAUUUUCAAGGCCACACUUUUGACAUUGUAUCUGCUUUCCAGGUUUAUGGAGAGUAUGUGAGUGGUUCUGUGAAUGACGAACAAAGAUUGAAUGUGGUUCGUAAUUCAUGUCCUGGUGCUGGAGCAUGUGGUGGAAUGUAUACUGCAAAUACGAUGGCUUCAGCUAUUGAAACAAUGGGAAUGACCCUUCCCUACAGUUCUUCAACCCCUGCUGAAGACCCUCUAAAAUUGGACGAGUGCCGCCUUGCCGGGAAGUAUCUUCUAGAUUUGAUUAAAAUGGACUUAAAGCCUCAGGACAUCAUCACUCCCAAGGCCCUACACAAUGCAAUGGUCAUGGUCAUGGCACUAGGUGGAUCUACCAAUGCUGUUUUGCAUCUAAUCGCCAUUGCAAGGUCUGUAGGUCUGCAAUUAACUCUAGAUGAUUUCCAGAAGGUCAGUGAUAAGGUUCCAUUCCUUGCCGAUCUUAAACCCAGCGGCAAGUAUGUGAUGGAGGAUAUACACAAGAUUGGAGGUACGCCAGCAGUAAUUCGACACUUAUUGGAGCACGGGUUUUUAGAUGGAGAUUGUAUCACAGUUACCGGACAAACUUUGGCCGAGAAUGCGAAACUAUUUCCGUCACUUCCAAAGGAUCAGCAAAUAAUUAGACCCUUCAGUAACCCCAUCAAAGAAACAGGUCACAUACAGAUAUUGUUCGGCAACCUUGCACCCGAAGGUUCUGUCGCAAAGAUCACUGGGAAAGAAGGGUUAUAUUUCUCCGGCCCUGCCCUUGUAUUCGAAGGCGAGGAAUCUAUGAUCGCCGCUAUCACUGAAAACCCGAGCAGUUUCAAGGGAAAAGUUGUCGUCAUUAGGGGAGAGGGUCCUAAAGGGGGGCCAGGCAUGCCCGAAAUGUUGACCCCAACAAGUGCAAUAAUGGGUGCAGGCCUUGGCAAGGAAGUUGCGCUACUAACAGACGGGAGAUUCUCCGGAGGUUCACAUGGCUAUGUCGUUGGGCACAUUUGUCCAGAGGCACAGGAAGGCGGCCCGAUUGGUCUAAUUCGAAACGGAGAUAUAAUCACCAUAGAUAUUCAGAAGAAAAGAAUGGAUGUAAACCUAACAGACGAGGAGUUGAACAAUCGAAGAAAGCAGUGGACACCGCCACCCUACAAAGCUGAUCGAGGAGUUCUUUACAAGUACAUCAAGAACGUACAAUCUGCCUCAAAUGGAUGCGUGACCGAUGAAUAGGAGAUGAAUAGAAGACACAAAGACUUCUCGAUAAAAUGGUGCAUAGAGCUCCCAACCUCAGCCUUUGGUUCUUAAUAUAGUCCUUAGGCACUACAAGUUUUCCCGCGGCUGCUUAGAUUAUUCAAGUUUAGCUUGUUAUCUUUUUAUCUUUUUCUUUGAUGGGGACUGCUUUGAAUUUUUAUUUUUCUUUCUUAUUGUAAGCUUAAAUAAAUGCAAGGGUUGAAUCUGUUCUCAAAUUUCUUUGGCAGUUUGAUCGGGGAUGAGCCGAUGCUGUGUAUUGUGUAUGAGCCUUGUUGAAAUUUUUUAUGGUAAAAAUUAUGUGUUGCAUUGAUCCGGGAAUGAACGAUGAGGAUGUUGUCUAUGAGUAGAGUUUGACGGAAAAGUUUAAUUGAUAAUGCACUCAGCGUAUCUUCAA